AUGAAGGCAAUCCAGGAAGAGUUGGAAGAUGUUAUACCAGCCAUAGAGAGUUUAUAUCAUCUUGGCUCAAAAAUAGUUAAAACAAUUCCCAUUCAACUCACAGAUGAAGAAAAAGGAUUUUACUUAAUAGCUGAACAUCGUGUUAAAGAGAAACUAAGGGAUAUGAAACUUAGUAGCCAACCACUUGAGGAAGAAAGAGUAAAGAAACAACUAUUUCUCGAUCUAGAACUAUGCAUCCUAAGGCUUCGAGAAAUGCUUUCAAGCAUACCAUUAGCCGUGAAAAAAGGCGAUAUACAAGGAAAUUCUGAACUCAAGGAGAAGAUAAAUACUAAGCUUAAAGAAAAGGAAGCAGCAUGUCCCAUCUGUUACUCUGAGUUGAAGUUUUUUCCUGUAGUAUUCAUCGCCAAAGAAUGCAAACAUAUCUUUUGUCAACCGUGUAUGGAAAUUUUUUGUCUUAAAGAUAAAAAGUGUGCUCUAUGUCGGGAUGAGCUACAUGAUGAUGAUAGUGUUUUUUCAUCACCUUUCAACUGUCCUGAUAGCACAAAAGCAGAUGUAAUGCUUAAUAGCUUAGAAAGUAAGUCACUGGUUAUUUCAAAGUUUGAUCGCUUGUUAACCUGGCUUGAAAGUUUUUUAAAAGACAAAGGGUUUGAAGUUCAUAGAAUCCAUGGGAAGAUGGAGGCUGAAGAGAUAUUAGAGAUAGCUCAAAUGUUUCAAAACUCUUCGAGUGAGAAAAAUAGGGUUUUAUUAGCAAGUUUCGAAGCUAUUUCAGUGAAAGAAAAUGAGGAAAAUGCUGUUAUAAGUCACAUCACAGGAGUUAAAGGAAAAAUAAAUGAAAAAUUUCAUGGAGCUUUUAGAUUGGUGGUUGAAGAUGCAAUUGAAGGAAAAAUUGUUGGAUUGAAAGGGACGGUAGAAGCUGGAUUCAAAGAACUUAACAUGCUAGAAAUAGAAAAAAAUUUAACAUGA